CUUUUAUGCUUAUGUACCUAAUCUUGCCAUGUGGUUUUGGCAAUAUUUUAUCUUUACAGUAUGGAUGCAGCUGCAAGAAAGAGGAAAAGUCGGGAAAAACUAAGGAAUAAUCCAGAAAAACUUGAAGAGUUUUUGAAGAAAGAAAGAGAAAGAGAUCGAGUUAGAAGGGCGAAACAACGGGAUGUCAUAAGCAAAAGUAAAAAAAAACUGGAAAGUAGCAGAUUAGCGGCCAGAAUUAGACAACGCAAAUGCAGGGAAAAAAGAAAAUUACUUUGAUAGAAGAAUAAUUGAUAAUGUCACCUUUAGGCUCAUAUAAAUGUAAACAAACACAUAGUAAAGCAGUUAAAAAGUCACAGAAAGCAUUGCCUUCAAGUCCUACAAAAAGUCAAGUUGUGGUUCAGUUUUAGAUUUGACUACCAGCCCAUUUUCAAGUUGUUUUAGUUCGGUUACCAUGGGAUCAAGAGUCCUCGCCAUUACCUUUUGAAACAGAAACGCCCGAAUUCAGAAGUUUGUUACAUCAUGUAUUUGAUGACUCCUCAAAAAUAAACGAACGUGACUCUUGGGAAAAUAAUGGCUGUACAAGUGAUAAAAAUUGUGAGUCCCCACCAUUUUAUUCAUUGAUAAACAAUGAUAAUUUAAUACUACAACCUGAUAUCAACUUAAAUAUCGCGAGGCCUCCGAGUACUCCAAUGUUAAGUUCGCCUACUUUUGCUGCUGAUAUUAACAAACCCUUUUCAAUAGCGAUGACUCCUCAGUCAGUGGAACCUUUGUUUUCUGUGAGUAUUGACAAUCAAAAUUGUAAUGAAGAAGAUUUUACACCAGUCCCAUCACCUUACUGUGAUGAUAAUUUAAGUUCUGACUCUCCAAUGGAUAAUACUCAUAGACAGAAUAUUGAAACUCUUUCAAAUUUAGAUUCCCCUCAGACGUCUUCUAUUUUUUCGCCUGGAACAUUAAAUGAAAGUGACUAUACUGAUGUGUCAACUCCAAAAAUUAAGCGUAGAUCCAAAAAAAGAACUGAUUUAGGAUUAAAGCGUCUCAAGCACCAAGAUGAUUGGCUGUCUAAAAAAAGGCAACGUUUGUAUAAUAAAGGAAUGCCAUACAUUUCAACUAAAGGAAUCAGGAAAGAUGCAAGAAGAAUGAAAGCUGGUUGUAGUACAACCUGCCGUCUACGUUGUUACGAAAAAAUUAAAGAUGAAUCACGCAUGGAGCUUUUUUCCCAGUUUUGGGAAACAGGUAGCCACGUCAAACAAUGGCAAAUAAUAGCAAAAUAUGUUAUGCAAAAAAACAAAAAGACCGCCACUAAUCUAGAAGAAACUAGUCGCCGUUCAUACACUUUACAUUAUCAUCUUCCUUUACACGAUCCUGUAACUGAUAGUAUUUCUUCACAAAAAGUAUGUAAAACCAUGUUUUUAAAUACCUUUAAUAUAAGCAAAGAGUUUGUUUAUACCGCAUUACACAAAAACAAGGACUGCAAUGAUUUUGUAGAUAUUAAUGAUGACAGAGGUCGACAUAAAAAUCAUGCCUCCAUAAUUACCAAUUUAAUGAAACAAAGCGUUAUUGAUCACGUUAACUCUUUCAUACCUGUUGAAUCUCAUUAUGUCAGGUAGCGAUCAAACAAAAAAUAUUUAGGUUCUUCUUUAUCAUUUUCGAAAAUGUAUAAAUUGUAUGCAGAAUGGUGUUCAAAAAUAAUUAUAAUGAUAAAGUAGGGACAGUAAGACCUUAUAGGGAUAUAGUUAAUACUAAUAUGAAGAUAGGUUUUCAUUUGCCAAAAAAAGAUCAGUGCGACCUCUGUCAUCAAUUUAAGAACACGUCUAGUCCUACAGAUGAACAAAAGGAAAAUUUUGCUAAGCACCAAAACGAAAAAGAAUUUUCACGUAAAUUAAAAUUAGAAACUAAAAUUUUAGCUAUAUCUAACAACAAAGUAGCAUGCAUUGUAUUUGAUUUUCAAAAGGUAUUGAUUUAGCGCACCUCAUGGUAAUAUCAGCGUUUACUUUUAUAGGCGUAAGCUUAAUGUGUAUAAUUUUACGAUUUUUGAACUGGCUUCUAAAGAAGCUUUUUGUUACAUGUGGAACGAACAAAUUGCUAAAAGGGGCGCUAACGAAGUAGCCAGUUGUUUAUGCGAUUUCUUCUCUAAGCUAGUUUCUAAAGGAAUAUCUGAAAUCAAUUUAUGGUCUGACAAUUGUGGUGGACAAAACCGCAAUCGCAUUGUAUAUUACAUGUACUUAUUGGCCGCUAAUAUUUUCAAAAUCAAGAUCUGCCAUCGUGUUUUAGAAAAGGGUCAUACGCAAAAUGAAGGAGAUUCUGUUCAUGCUCUCAUAGAGAAAAUGGCUAGGGGAAGAGAAGUAUAUUAUACACUGUUUACUAACAGUAAUGAUACUUAGGGUGUAAGGGGUUCUAAAUACACCUGCAAGAACCCAAGCCAACCUCACCUUCACGCGGUGCACCCUGUUGAACAACAGACGAGGCUCUGGCAAACCGACCGAUGGCGGUAUAACCAUCCAACGACGUAGGGGAGGGAAGUCUCACUGGUGACGGGCAGCAGCGUCAUCAGUGAAUUAACCUACGUUCUGCGAUCGCCAACCCGCCUGCCCAGCGUGGCGAUUAUGGGCAAAACCUUCAAUGCAAACAAACCACAAGCCACGGCCCCCAGUUCCCGGCAGCUGCGCUAUUCCUGGUCACGGUGGCGACCACGGUGACGGCGGGGCAGGGGGUGCCAAGAAUCUCCGGGCUACGGGAGGCCACCACAAUAGACUGACCCUGGCAACGUACAACGGACGCACGCUUCGGCUUGACUCGCAUCUGGCGCAACUCGAGGUGGAACUUGGGAAGAUUAGGUGGCACAUUUUAGGGUUAAGUGAAGUCCGAAGAGAGGGGGAGGACACCAUAACGCUCGAAUCAGGCCACCUAAUGUACUUCCGUGGGGGAGACCAACAGUCCCAAGGUGGCUUGGGUUUUUGGUGAAUAAGUCCCUUGCCGAUAACGUUGUGGAAAUGUCCAGCGUGUCGAACAGGGUAGUGUACCUCAUUAUAAAGCUCACCGAGAGGUAUAGCCUCAAGGUGGUGCAAGUGUACGCACCGACCUCGACACACUCUGACGACGAAGUGGAGGAUAUGUUCGAUGAUAUAUCGAGGGCCCUCCACUCCACUACUAAGACCCACUACAACGUUGUUAUGGGUGACUUCAACGCUAAAGUGGGAGUACAGAAUUGCAGCGAAUCGGUAGUAGGAUCCCAUGGAUUUGGAAGCAGAAAUCAUAGGGGGCAAAUGCUCGUCAACUUCCUCGAACGGGAAGGGCUCUUCUUGAUGAACUCUUUCUUUAAGAAACAGCCCCAAAGGAAGUGGACGUGGCAAAGCCCCGACACUAUGACUAAAAAUGAGAUCGAUUUCAUCAUGACGGACAAGAGGUAUAUAUUCAGAGACGUCUCCGUGAUCAACAGGUUCAAUACAGGUAGUGAUCACCGACUCGUCCGGGGUUCUCUGAAUAUCAACUUUAAGGCCGAGCGCGUCCGUUUGAUGAAAUCCAGGCUCCGACCUACUCUGCUCCAAUCUAUAACAGGAUCUGAAACGUUCCAGUCAAAUCUGGAGAACCGAUUUGCUGCCGUGGAAACCACAUCAGACGUAAACCAAAACCUCGAAAAUGUGGUUCGGAUCCUCAUGGAAGACGGUACGAGAGUAUGUGCAACGCAGCGUAAGGGUAGGAAGUCAAAGCUUUCCGAAGAGACUUUAGGGCUAAUGAAGGAACGACGUGAAAAUCCACCCGUCACUUCGUCAGCAAAGCGGACUCUAAACCAAGAGAUCAGUAAGCACGUACGACAUGACCUCCGGUGCUCCAAUACUCUCUCGAUCGAGAGAGCGAUCGAGCAGAAUCGAGGGUCCAAAGUGUUCGUACAAUCUCUUGGAAGAAGUCAUCUGACGAAGUUGACCACACCAAGUAGGGAAGUUGUUGCUUCAAAGCCGGCAGUCCUUUCGGAAGUGGAAGACUUCUACGGCCAGUUGUACGCAUCACAUGCAUCUCGACCAGAUCCCGGAAAUGAGGAUUCUAGAGCCACAUUAACGCGUCACUUCACCGAAGACCUGCCAGAAGUCAGUAUUGGCGAAAUUGAGAUUGCUCUUGGGCAGCUUAAAAAUGGAAAAGCCCGUGGAGAGGAUGGUGUUACAACAGAACUCUUGAAAGCUGGAGGUAAACCCGUACUGAGGGAGCUCCAAAAGCUUUUUAACACUGUCCUGUUCGAAGGGAGAACUCCGGAGAUGUGGAGUAGGAGUGUGGUCGUCUUGUUCUUUAAAAAGGGGGACAAGACCCUACUCAAGAACUAUCGACCCAUAUCCCUUCUAAGCCACGUCUAUAAGCUGUUCUCAAGAGUGAUCACGAACCGUCUGGCGCGAAGACUUGAUGACUUCCAACCACCGGAACAGGCUGGAUUUCGGAGCGGAUACGACACCAUAGACCACAUCCACGCAGUACGGCAGAUUAUACAGAAGACUGAAGAGUACAAUCAGCCUCUGUGCCUAGCAUUUGUGGACUAUGAGAAGGCCUUUGACUCGAUUGAAAUCUGGUCUGUCCUGGAGUCCCUGCAGCGUUGCCAAGUCGACUGGCGAUACAUCCAAGUGAUUAGAUGUCUCUACGAAGCCGCCACCAUGUCUGUCGAAGUACAGAAUCAGCAAACAAGUCCCAUACCGUUGCAUCGUGGAGUGAGACAAGGGGACGUUAUUUCCCCGAAAUUGUUCACUAAUGCAAUGGAGGAUAUGUUCAAGACGCUGAACUGGAAAGGACAUGGCAUCAACAUCAAUGGCGAACGCAUCUCUCACUUGCGAUUUGCAGACGACAUCGUCAUCAUGGCAGAAACCCUGCAGGACCUACAAAAAAUGCUGAAUGACCUAGCUGACUCUUCCAUACGCAUCGGCCUACGGAUGAACUUGGAUAAAACCAAGGUCAUGUUCAAUGAACAUGUUCUACCGGAACCGAUUGCAAUACACGGUGCCGUUCUCGAAGUUGUUCAAAAAUAUGUAUACCUCGGGCAGACAUUGCAGUUAGGUAGAAACAACUUUGAGGACGAGGUGAAUAGAAGAAUUCGGCUGGGUUGGGCAGCGUUUGGGAAGCUACGUCAAGUCUUGACAUCGUCGAUCCCACAGUGCCUAAAGACGAAAGUCUUCAAUCAGUGCGUCCUACCUGUGAUGACAUACGGAGCCGAGACGUGGACACUGACGGUACGGCUGGUCCACAGGUUCAAAGUCGCUCAGCGCGCUAUGGAAAGGGCUAUGCUCGGCGUUUCUCUGAAGGAUCGCAUCAGAAAUGAGAUAAUCCGACAGAGAACCAGAGUUAUCG